AUGAACGCUCUCACCCAGGCCCUUACCCAUAUCACACCACCGCCAUUCAUCGCACCUUCAGAGUACGACGGACUCGAGUAUAGAUGGCGCUUUAUCACCUUUCGGCCAGCCUACUUUGAAACAGAAGCAUAUCUUCUGCUCGCAUUGGGAGGCUUCAUUCUAGUCGCUAUUAUAGGGAUCACCUAUAACAAAAGCAAGGCCAACUCAUGGAUCGCGAAACAGACACCGCUGUUGACAUCCCAAUUCAGCACUACCUCUCCACUCACCUGGGACGGGUAUUCCGAUGCUUUCACUUUCUCAACUGGACGCCGCGCAGUCGCUGCCCUUCACGCAAUCUUCACUCUCCGUCCUAGGCAUGAUCCAUUCCAGGCCUUGUUCCAGCUUGGCCGGGGCUUGGUGGAUGUCCAGUACGCUCCACAGGAUGUCGUGGAGCUUGACUUUACUUUGGCAGAAGGAGCGGUGCCCAAUGAUUUUGUAUGGGCAGUCGUCAAUAAGCGCGAGCUGAGGGUUGUCAAAGAUGACCGAUGGGACCUGACUUUUACCAAGACGACAGAUCAUCCUGCACUUCCCACUAACAUAUCGGUCAUGUCCGAGUUCGCAGACGUAACGGAGGCCCUUCUAAAAUCCACGUCCCUUCCUGCCCUCCUCAAAGAAUUGUCCAGUAUGGAUGGCUUUCGCUCUCUUAGCGUAACUGAUCAGCCCCGUGUCCGACCUGACACUGUUGCAUCUCCUUCUAAAAAGCACGUCAUCCUCUCUCUCUAUGUGUCAUCGUCUGCGGCACCUGCCACACUUUUCUCCUUCAUCGAUUCCCUCUCCAAAAUCACACUGAGGCCUGAAACGAAGAACAAACUACGGAAAACCCGCGAGGAACUAGAGAAGAUUUUGAAGGAGGAAGCAGAGAGAGAAGAGAAGGAGAAGAAGGAGGAAGUCAAUGAGGAUAAGAGAGCAGAGAAGAGGCGAAAGGAGGAGGAGAGAGUUAGCAAGCUAAGUGCUUCCGAACAGCAGAAAUACCUCGAACGUGAACGUAAGCGUAGUCUUCGCAAGUCGCAAGGACGGACUGUGCGAAAAUAA